AUGCAACAUCAAUCUCUGGCGGCUCGGCGGCGGGGCCGCAGGCUGGCCCGCAGGGGCGAAUCUGCGUUUUGGUGCAGCCUGCUGAAGCGGUGCCUACCCUGUCUUCCCCUGCGAUGGAAGAGCGUUCACGCGACGAGCCGCACGAGGCGCAUCCUCAUGGGCAUCCUGCUCUGUCUCAUCACCACCCUCAUCUUCCUCAUCGGUCUUCUGGUGUGUCUCACCUGGAAGAGCAACCGCAGCAACACCCCACUCGAGCCUGCCGCGGUGCAGUCGACGCACGCGCCUCGGGUGCCACCAGAGGUGGGUGUGCACGACCCUUGGGCCGAAGACCCCGUCGACGUCGCCGUUAUCCGGCAGCGGGAGGAAGCGGUGGUUCGGAAGUGGAAAGAGAACGGCUUCCGCCCUACCUACUGGGAGGUCGAGCGCCGCACCCUACCGCGACUAACGAAGAGGGCCUUGGAGUCGUGGUUUGAGCACGGCAGGCGCGCGGCGGCGUCGGCCACGGCGGUGGAUGUUGCAGAGGAUGUACUGACGGCGCAUGCCUGGGACGCUGUCGACGGCGGCGACGCAGACGCUGACCUCUUCGACAGCCUCGCCUUUCUCUACCCACCAGCGCAGCAGAGGCAGCACUACCGCGCGGCGAUGGACGCGAUUCUGCGCCAUGGCCCUCGAGUUGGAGGCACGAAGCGCGACGCCCUUCUCCAUCACUUAGUCGAUGAAGGACUCGGACGUCGACGGUACGACGCUGCACGGCACGCCUACCACCCAGCACCGCCACACCUCAGCCCGCGUGGGAAGGAACUGCUGGAGAAAGCAGCCGCCUCGUGGCCAGAUGCACCGCAUCUGGCUGCCGCGCCGCAAGACGAUGUUGCGGGCCGUGAACCGGGGUGGCGAUGGUCUCUGAGCUGGGACAACUUCACGGCCGAUAUUCCAAUACGCAUCGAUGGCAGCUCGCGUGUCGAGAUGCAGAACCUCGUCUUUCAGUUCCCCGGUGGGUUGCAGUUCCGUCGCAAGCAGGCCGCAGCCGCAUCAGCGGCAGCAACUGGCGCGAAGGAUGCACUCGACGAGUUCGUCGGCGGCGUGCCAAACCGCCGGCGCACCCGCGCUGAUGAUCGCAAGGACGUACUCGAAGCUGAAUACCACCCGGCCGACAUGACAGGAGAGACCGUCUACACACAGGAGAACUUCCUGCAGUGGGCACAGGACGGCGUCCCGUUUAACCCUCGCCCUGCGCUGGUGCGCGGGGUGCCCGGCACGCGGGUCGUCCUGUCCCCGGAUGCGAAGGGGGCGCGGGUGCCGCUGAAGCCGAGUCUGUCCGCGCCGGCCGCCGAACCGGCGACGCAACAGCCCGUGAAGCACGCCGUGCUUGCCGCGCACUGGGACUCGAAGUACUUCGCAGACAUCCCCUUCCUCGCCGCCUGCGACUCCGCCAUGCCGGUGGUGUUCCUCCUGCGGACCAUCAAGAACAUCGCCGUUUUGACGGAUGUGGCGGAGGCGUUGACGGAGUCGUACAAGGCUGAGCGGUCUGGCGUAGUGGGCGGCGACGCAUCCGCCGCCGUUCCCGGGCUCACGAGCACGUUCCGCAACGCCACGACGGAGGCUGAAGUGAGAGAGCGGCUGGCGUCACUCCUCUCACCAGCCCAUCAUGCGCUCCUGUACCAGUACUUCUUCGCGCGCCCCUACAGCAUCGGCGGUGAGCAGCAGAACUUUGUAGCGGCGGGUAUACGAAACCAUCCGACAAAGGUGGAGGUAGACGUGCGCACGUGGCUGGACUGGGUGCAGCACCUGCCCAUCAUCUCCGUCAUCCUCUUCGACGGCGAGGAGGCGUACAAGCACUGGUCCGGGGACGACAACACGUAUGGGUCGCGGCACCUAGCGCAGCGGUGGCGCAGCACCCCCUCCGUGAUGCGGUCGCGCCACACUGACGGCCCGCAGUCCCUCUACGACUCGGUCGACCUCUUCGCUCUCUACGACCUCAUGGGCCCGGCAGGGACGACGUUCAGGAAUAUGUACCCGACGCAGAGCGGCAUCUUCUACGCGGGGCUAUCGCAGCGCGAGUGGGAGCUUCGCCAUCGAGCAAUGCAGCACAGCUCGGCAAUCUCCGCGGAGCUCCUGUGGCGGUACGACGAGGCCACCGCAUUGCCGCCGGCGGAGGCGCGCGAGAAGGCAGACCCCUUUCUCCGCCUCCUCGGCCCCUCACCACAUGAAGCAGUCGCAUCCCUCAACGCUGCCUACACGCGACGCCUGCUGGCAAACAACGCAUCGCGCCCGUCAGUGGCGUCACUCCCGCGGUCGUGGCUGAUGUACGGUUCGCCGCACGAGAUGCUCACGCUGCAUAGCGUCGCUCGCACCACCCACGAUGUCAGGUUCGUGGAAAACUUUGAUCAGCUGCGGGUAUACGACCGGCUGGACCGGGAGAUUGCCGCCGAGAGCAGCUUCGAUGCGGAACGUUACCUGAACACCAUCAACCACAACAUCUUCUUCUCUCCUUCUCAACAGGAGGACCUGCGCCGCAACCGAGACGUCUUCGUCGCUGAUGAUGACCACAAGCACUGGCUGGACACGCAGCGGGUGCUGCAUCUUAUUCCCAUCCCGUUCCCCAAGUCAUGGCACACGGCGAACGACAACGGCAGCAACGUGCACGAUGGAACGUCGACGGACCUGGCAGGGCUGUUAUGGUCUACGGUACUAGAGCUGGGCGACUACUGGACGCGUAAAGAAUGA